AUGCCGUUGCCAGACGCAGAUACGGAAGUUAAAGCUUCCAGCGAUGCUGCUGAGAUCUUUGUCAUCAACUACUAUGAAGCCAUAAACACCCGUGCCAAACUUGAAACCUUUUACAUCAACUCGUCCUCUCGAUAUUCGAUCCCAGCCGACAUCUCCAUCAACGGCUCUGUCGUUCCUACCCCGGAGGAGUACUCCAAGCUACUCGAAACCCAAGGCGAGAAUGUGCAUUACGAGAUAGAGUCGUUCGACACGCACAUUAUCAACCCUUCAUUCCAAUAUGGGGCUCCGGAAACUGUGUACGAGAGUGAAAAGAACGAAAAGAGUGGACGGAAGAUGAGCAUCGUCGUCACGACCAUGGGCAAAGUCCGAUUCGGCAAGGGGAGGGAGGCACCACAGAAGAUGUUCAACGAGACUUUUGUGCUGACCCCCAACUGGGACUCGAUGGCGCGAAAUCCGGCACGAGGACUGAAAAGAUGGCUCAUCAUGUCGCAAAACUUCCGCGCUCUUUGA